CCAAAGUGAUCCCGUAUUCAUCUAAUGGUUUAUAGACGAUAAUCGCCGAGGGGUUUCAAAUGAAUAUCCCUCUAAUGGUUAAUGAAGGUUCCCGAUGCGUUCCAAAUAUAUAUUGGGAAACGACAUUUUGACACGAGCAGACAAUGCUGAAACGAAAAUGCCAAGAUGCUCCGCCAAAUAAUAAGAAGGUGGCGACUCAGCGGUACCGAUUAUCAUACACGGAAAAUUGGAAAUGCCUGCAGCCCUCCAGGAAGGGUGACACGUUCGUUCAUUGCACUGUCUGCCGAUCAGACUUCUCGUGUAAGCAUGGCGGGAGUUUUGACUGCAAACGACACGUCGAUACAAAGAUGCACAAGGAUUUACAUAUGUUACACUCUAAAAACGUGUCGAUUGCUACUUUCUGUAAGACGAACACUACUGGUGAAGAUCAGCGGACUCGGAAUGUAACGAGAGCGGAAUUGAAAAUGUGCGAACUUAUCGCAAAUCAGAACAUGUCCCUAAGUGUUGCAGACACCCUUCCUCGGGUAUUCCGUACGAUGUUUCCGGAUUCGAAGAUAGCUGCAGACAUGAAAUGUGCCCGCAACAAAACAACUGUCUUGAUUAAGGAGAUUGCUACCUUACAACAAGGAUCCCUAGCAGAGAGAAUGAAAAUGCGGCCAUUCACCAUAUCGACUGAUGGAUCUAAUGAUGAAAAAAGCAAGCAGUACCCAAUAGUAGUCAGGACAUUGGACACAAAAACUGGAACUGUAAAUUCGGAACUGUUGUCAAUACCAAUUUGUAAAGGUUCAGCAACAGGAGAGGCCAUAUUCAACAUGAUGGAUACCGCUUUACAGGAGAGGGGCAUUCCGUGGUCGCAAUGUAUGGCUCUUGGCUGUGACAACGCAAAUGUGAUGACUGGGCACAAGAAGGGAGUCUUCGCAUUUGUAAAGCAAAAGCAGCCACACAUAUUUCUGGCUGGAUGUACUCUCCAUUUAGUCCACAUUGCAGCUAAGAAGGCAGCAGCAGCAGCUCUUCCUCCAGUGGAUGAUAUCCUGGUGGAUAUAUAUUACUUUUUUCACAAAAGUGACAAACGCCGCUCAGCAUUCAAGGGGACACAGGCACUUUACGACUUGGAACAGAAGAAAAUGCUGAAGCAUGUCUGUACUAGAUGGCUCAGUAUUGGAAGAUGUGUCGAUCGGAUGCUGCUCAACUGGGAUGCACUAAAGGACUUCUUUAAAGAGCAGAAAGAUGCAGUGGAGUUAACAAAGUCAAAGAAAGCAGCAGCUGUAGCAGCAAAGAAGUCCAAGAUAUCAAGCUGUCCAAAGAAUUCUACAGAAGAAUCAUCAGCGCCUGGAUAUGCAGAACAGAAGAUUGAGGCCAUCUAUUCUUUCGUCAGGUCCCCGACCAAUCGUCUGUAUGUCCUCUUUCUUCAGUACACUAUCCAUGUGUAUGAUGACAUUCUAUUAAAUCUGCAGUCAGAUGAACCAAAAAUACACAUACUACAACGCUCUCUGCAAAAGCUUCUGAGGAAUAUUCUGACAAGGUUCAUCAAGCCCGCAGCUAUGCUUAGUAUAGCUGUUGACAAGGUACAGUACAAGCAGAACUGUAACAUCAAACCAAACACCUCACUUGUGAUUGGAGAGGAAGCCAAAAACUUCAUUGAGAAUGCUGAGGUAAAUCACCUCCGCUCACGAAAGGUUGAGGAAUUCUACAAAAGUGUAGUCCGAUACUUUCAUGAAGUUUGUGACUACAUUUGCAGCAAGCUGCCAUUGAAUGAUCCUGUCUUGUCAGCUGCACAGGUGGCGGAUGUAAACUUACAGACAAUUGCAAAGUCAUCUGACCUUCGUUUCUUCAUUGAAAGAUACUCGUGUAUCAUUCCUCCAGCAACAACAAAAGACAAACUACUUGAGCAAUUCACUUUGUAUCAAUGUACAAAUGUCAGCAGCUGUACCAAUGAGCAAACCAGGAUGGACUCAAUCUGGUCCAUGAUUGGGAAAAUGCGGGACGAGGAAGGGAAACUUAUGUUCUCAGAACUCUCGGUGGUAAUGUGUGGCAUCCUAACCAUACCACACAGUAGUGCACACUGCAAGAGGGUGUUCUCCUGUGUACGUAAGAACAGAACUGAGCAGCGAGCAUGUCUUGGAGAUAGUACUCUUGAAAGUCUCCUGGUAAUUAAAUCUUCAGGCACCCCUCAGGAUUACACGGACAAGGAACUGGACCAUAUCAGGGGGUCGUACUACAGAUCUCUGAAAUCUUCAUAAAAUGCUGCUUACAGAUUUUACCCAAUGUGCUGGGUUGUCAACUUGUGUUACUGGACAGAUUUGACCCAAAGUGCUGGGUUGUGUUUGUUUUAUAACUUUUAUUUUGCAAUAAGAUUAAAAAAGAAAGACAAAAUCAUCUGAAAUGGUACCAAUUAUUUAUUUGAUGUUGUCACUUAAAAAGUUAUCAGGAUACACCAGAAUUCACCUCAGAGCACCUAGGAAUUCAAUUUUUUCCGGGGGAGACCCCCCGUACCCCCCUUGCAGGAGGGGGCUUAGGCGCCCGCUCCCGCACCCUCCCCUACC